AUGUUCCCCGCUUAUAUGCACAGCCGCAGCCAAGCUCCCCCGUCGUACCCCCUCCCCUGGGACGACGUAUCACGGCCCGCCACGUGGCCCGCUCCCGCGAGCGCAGGUCCGAACGGCGCUGCCGGCAGGGGUAUACGCGCGGGGGGGAGGGAGGGCGCGGAGGGGGGGAGCGCCGGGAUGGGGGGAGGAAUGGGGGGAGGAAUGGGGGGAGGGAUGGGGGGAGCGAUGGGGAGGGCGAUGGGGGGAGCGAUGGGGGGAGGCAUGGGGGCGAUGGCAGGGGCGAUGGGAAUGGAUGCGGUGGCGCGCGGGGGUGCGGACUACUCAAUGAGCGACCCCAUCUGGGCCGCCAUCCGCGCGGAGGCGAGACUCGAGGCAGAGCGAGAGCCGAUUCUGAGCAGUUUUCUGUACGCGUCCAUCCUCGCGCACUCCUGCUUUGAGCGAUCGUUGGGAUUCGUGCUGGCCAACCGCCUGCAGAACGUGACGCUGCUGGCGACGCAGCUGAUGGACGUGUUUGACUCGGUGCUCAUGCUGCCCAAUAUCAGAGCAGCCAUUAGGGCGGAUGUGCAGGCUGUGCGGGACCGGGACCCGUCCUGCCGAUCCUACUCCAAUGCACUCCUUUACUACAAGGGUUACCACGCGCUGCAGUCGUAUCGCAUCGCGCACGCCUUGUGGAACCGAGGCCAGCGCAUCCUGGCACUGGCACUGCAGUCGCGCAUCUCAGAGGUGUUUGCAGUGGACAUCCAUCCAGCAGCGCGCAUCGGCAGGGGCAUUCUCAUGGACCAUGGCACGGGCGUGGUGAUUGGCGAGACGGCUAUCGUGGGGGAUAGGGUGUCUCUUUUACAGGGAGUGACUCUAGGAGGGACAGGAAAAGAAGCGGGUGACAGGCAUCCCAAGGUGCAGGAGGAUGUGCUGAUUGGAGCAGGGGCGACUGUGUUGGGCAACAUCAGCAUCGGCCAGGGCUCCAUGAUUGCUGCUGGGUCCCUGGUGCUCAAGGACGUUCCUCCUCACAGCAUGGUGGCAGGCACACCAGCCAAGGUGGUUGGAACGCUCUCGGAACCCAAGCCUGCAUUGACCAUGCAACACGACCCACAGGCAGCAGCAUCCGCUUCCGUCCGUAACGGCGGCAGAACAUCGGCAUUCGGCGCUGCCGGAUCUUCUAUUUUGUCCUCUACCUACAGGUCCCCAACUUCGCUUGCCGUCGAGCGAGAUUCAUUCCGCACGCUAGGUCCUUGCGCAGCGCAGAUUUUCCUCUCAUUUGGGAGGCAGGCGAAGGAUAAUGCGGAGAAAUCAUUCCCCUCUCGUUUGCCCCCCAUCGACCUCAUGCUGACGCUGUGGAUCUGGUUUCCGAAUUUCCGUUUCUUUCAGAGAAAUUCUCAAAAGAGACUUCAAAACAGCUUUCGCGCCAUGGCUUCAGUACAUGUUGCCUCCGUGUCGCUCGCUCCCCGUGCCGCUUUCGCGACCCAACUGGAUCGCCAUCCCCCGUACACGCUCUCUCUCUCAAGCUUAACUUCCUCCUAUGCCGGCCGCCGCCUCUCCGCCGCGCCGCCGUCCGCGGUGGCGUGCGCCAGCCGCCGCCCGCCACCGCGGACUCCGCUCCGCGUCCCCUCCGCAUCCGCCAGCAGCAGCAGCGGGACAUCCGGCGCCGCAGCUGGCGGCGGCGCGUCGGUUCUUAAAGACGCGCUGACGACCUUCGGGUCGUCUAAGGCAGCCGCCGGCGCGGGAUCCACGGCGGGAAUCGCGCCGAAAGUUGCGCCGGGAGUUGCUGCGGCUGAAGGUGUCCCGUUCGACCUGCGGCUGGCGGUUUUAUUGGGCGGAUUCGCGUUUGAGGCGUACUCGACUCCCACUGGAAGUGAUAAGUUAUCGGACGUGGACGGGCGGCAGUGCUCGGCUCUCUUCACCUCCACGCCCUUCGCCCACGAGCUCUUUCAGGGGCAGCUCUCCGUGCGAGCGAUUACAGCCACGGGCAACAUCAAGGCGCUCCAUGCUGAGCUGGCACUGGUGACGUCAGCAGGGAAGGCGGCCACGUGGAAUGGUGCCGCUCACACUACCGUGAAGGCCCAAGACCCAAAGAACCCAUCAUGGCCCGAGCAACUGCAGUUGAUUGCAUUCCUUCUCAACCUCCCCUGCCUCCCCCCCUCUCUCCACCCCCUUCCCUUCCCAACUCCCCACCUCCCCCCCUCCCUGCUUCUCUCUUCAGCCCAAAGAACCCCUCGUGGCCCGAGCAACUGCAGCUGCUGGUACCUCGUCAGCCCAAAAUCCCCAAUUGAUUCCUCUCUUCCACCCCUCACCACCUACCCGGUUCACUUUCCUCCCCACCUCCCCUCCUCUUGA